AUGACCACACUUCGCUGUGCAGAGAAUGCAGGCUUUGGUGAGAAUGGCACAAUACGUCUAAUCUCCGAGCCCGAAGCCGCUGCAAUGCAUGCGUUGAAUGCAUCUAAUCCUCAUGGAUUAGAAGUUGGCGAUACUGUUGUUCUCUGUGAUGCAGGCGGUGGUACGGUAGAUCUCAUAACGUUUUCAAUUGCUGAACGGGAGCCUACUCCGCGUCUUAAAGAAGAAGCUUCCGGAGAUGGCUCACUCUGUGGCAGUACUUUUUUGAAUAGGCGGUUUGAAAAAUUCCUAGAGAGUCGAUUGUCCUCAAUGCCAGGUUGGGGUCGUGACACACUAGACGAAGCAAUGCAACGCUUCGAGACGGUCAUAAAGAGAACUUUCUGUGGAGAUGUAACCCAGGAUUCUAUGAUACCUGUUCCCGGCAUUGCAGAUGACAGCGCUAUCCAUGUUCAUCGAGGUCGACUCAGGGUAAGGGGACAGGAGAUGGUUGACCUGUUUAAACCAAUUCUCGAAGAGGUUCAUUAUCUUGUGGAUAACCAAGUGAGGACCUCUAAGAAAAGAGUGAAGGCGCUAUUUUUGGUUGGGGGAUUUGGACAAAGUCCGUACCUUCGCAGGUACCUUUGCGAUGCUCUUCCUCAAGAUAUGGAAGCCCUGGCCCCGGUUGAUGGGUGGACUGCAGUUGGAGAUGAGAUCAGAGAAGCCGAGCCAAUUGAGACCAGCUGGCAGAAUUACCGACUGUGUAGCUAUGGGAACUUUGACUCAAUCCGCGUUAACCUUUAUGAGCUGCAUACUCCUGUCGCGGAGGAACCACCUUUGUAUUUCGAUCGCCGUGUAAAGAAACACGCAGUUCUGAAUCCAAAUCUUGAUGCGAUUGAAAAGGCCCGCAUGCCGGUGCGCCUGGGUUAUGAUAACCAAGAAUAUUACCACAUCGGUUAUGAAAUACAUGCAACUUAUUUCUCCGCCCACUGUGAAUAUGCCCUCUGGUAUGAGGGUAGGAACCAUGGAGGCGUGCGGGUCGACUACGCUUAA